GGACGGUGGGAUGAGUGAGUGAUGCCAGUGUGGAGCACCUGGGAGUCAGUCAUCGGUGAGUCCCUCACUGGAGCUGCGUACCGUGAAGUGGCUACACAGCAAUGCGGACGAAGAAGGGCAAAAACGAGAGGAAUAGUCCGGGUUGAUCGGGUCUUGGCUGGGUGGUAAAGCAUAAUUUACCAGGGACUUCGUUUCCAAGACCACGCAGACGAGGACGUUAACUCGCUUGGAAACAGCUCCGGGGGCGGAUAUUUUCCCGAUAAAACCCUCACCACAUCCGUAUACCCAGCCCCGGUCGUGUGGAAUAGUCAGCUAGAAGAAUGAUUGCUUGAAUAUUCAUGUACCGUUUUGUAGCCUGUUUUUGUCAGCACUCUUAGCAUUUUUCACAGACACGCUAUGGUGGACUCCUCUACCAUGAGGAAGACGUUUGUGGCCCCAGACAUAAAGCCAUUGGAUUUGUAUGACUGUACUAAAGCCAAAAUAUGCGCAAGUGUCGGAUGGCUAUUGGCAAAAUCCUAUGGCAAUGCAGAGAAUGUCCCCGCAGAGUUGCGUGACCCCUUCUACCGUGACCAGUAUGAGCAGGAGCACCUUAAACCGCCAGUCACACGCCUGCUGCAGUCCUCGGAGCUCUACUCUCGGACCUACAGCCUAUUACUGGGGGACACCGGAACCAAGACAAUACCCAAAGACAAUGCUGCCCUGCUGCAGCUCCUCACUCAGAGAGGCAUAGUCUCUAAAGACCAGGACACACCAGUGACUGAUGCGGACCUUCGGCAUAAACCCAUCAAAAUGGGUGCUCACCUGGCAGUGAUAGAUGCCCUGAUGGCUGUGGGAGCCAUGGAGACUGUGACGGCGGUGAGGACAUGUGGGUCUGCUGAGUUGCUGGGUGGAGCCUCCAGCUGGGAGGAUGCUCUGCUUCACUGGGUUAAUGGGAUAAACCAGAAGCUGAGAGAACGUACUGAAGGAGCCCACAGUGACUCGUCUCAGGCUGAUUCAGAGCCUCAGCCUGCUCAACCCUCUCUCCGCUAUAGGAAGGAUAAAAUUCAGUCCAAGCAAAAGCCCGUCUUUCCAGUUGUUAACGAAGUCCAAGACUUGUCCAGUGGCUGUGCAAUUGCUGCUGUCAUAUAUUACUAUUGCCCUGGGCUGCUAAGACUUGAAGAUGUUUGUAUGAAGGACUCCAUGUCUGUAGCAGACACCCUCUACAACCUGCAGUUCAUCUGUGAAUUCUGUGAUAGCUGUCUGAAGAGCUGCUGUCACUUGGCACUAGAGGACCUGCUAUACACACCACGGGAGCUUCAGCUCAAUGUGUUGAGCUUCCUAGCAGAACUACUUAGCUGGUUUGAAGUACGAAGGCCAGAAUUUGUUCAGGCAAUAGAUGGAACUACACCAGUAACACCAAGUAGCUUGAGUGGUAACAGUACCUCCCCAUCUAUCUUCAAGACACCUUUCCUCCCCAUCUCCUCUGCAUCAGGAUCUUUGACUCAGUCUACCUCAAUGUCUCAUAUAGAAGGAGUUGGAAAGACAUGGAGCAAGAAACCUCUCAGCCGCCCGUUGUCAGCAGUAUCCUUCAGCAUUCCUUUUGGCCUGGACAGUGAUGUGGAUAUUGUGAUGGGCAACCCUGUGAUAACCCGCUCAGUCAGUUCAGACCAGCUUGACCCCACAGGCCAACGCAUAACCAGAGUGCCCUACACGCCUCCUGAAGACCUCAGCCACUUGGUCAGCAAACACUCUGGUCCCAAUGGUCCACAGAGAGCUUCUUGGGUCACCCAGACUCCCAGUAUUCCAAGGUUGCCAGAGGAGAAUGGCCUUGUAGUGAAUGAAACAGGAGAGCUGCCUACCAUUGAGGAGGCUCUCCAAAUCAUCCACAAUGAGAGCAAAAUGGAGCCUCGUUUACACCCUGAUGGAGCUCCUGACGGCUUCUACCUCCACUCUCCUGAUGACCCUGCUAGUUCUAGGCAUAACAGCAACUUGGCACCCAUCAGCUGCUCUGCCCCUACACGCUCAGGAAUGAUGUACCGGCCCACAGGAGACUCCAGAGAGUCCACUCGGACCAGAAACACCUCUGAAUGUUCACGAGAUGAUGACUCCGUCUUGAGAGAUGGCAGUGUGGACUCAGAUGCAUCGGAAGACCUGCCUAAGACCCAGUCCACUCCAACAACACCAGCUGCUGGUGCACACACUGCUAGAGGCCAUAGCAAAGAGGGGUCUGACAGUGGUGUCAAGAUGACCAGCUUUGCAGAGCGCAAAAAGAAACAGAUUUUGGAUUCUCCAAAAGCCAGCGAUCCCUCUUCUCCUCAGAUGACCACAUGGGCACAAAAGUCGGAAGAAAGCCCCGGUCAGAGCCCACAACUCAAUAACGAAAUGUCUGAGCUGGGAGUCAGACUUGAAGAAAAGCGCAAAGCAAUAGAAGCCCAGAAAAAACGCAUUGAAGCCAUUUUUGCAAAGCACCGGCAAAAACUAGGGAAGAGUGCCUUUCUGCAGUUAAAAAAGGGACAGUGGGAGGACGAAGGUGAGGGGGACGUAGGGGAUGGCCAGGUCAGCACUUCAUCUACUGAAGAAGACUUGUCUCAUCUGACACCAGAAGAUAGGAUAGACCGAAUGGAGGAGAAUGAGCAGCAGAAACAAGGUGAACAGCACCCCUCACUGGACAAUAAGGGUAAUGUUAAAGGAGGAUUUACACCCUCUAAACACGCUGGUCCCUCCCGAGUAAAGACGGGUACAGCAGGAGAAAAGACACCUGAUGAAAAAGCAAUAACUCCACUAGGCGACUAUAACAAUGCUGUGUCAAAGCUGACUGCAGCCCUUAACUCCCUGCAAAGUGACAUGCAGCGACUGACCGACCAGCAGAACCAGCUAAUCAAGAAGAAAACUGUAGGUACCAGCAAUAAAUCCUGGGUUAUUCCAGCUAGCCCUAAGACUUCCACCCCAGUCCCUGCUCCUGCUCGCCUCUCUCGAGAACCCACUCGAGAUUUAAAUUCAGCUUCUUCCUCUCCGUCGCCAUCCCGCAAAAUCACAAACCACAUCACUCCUCCUAAAUCCCCUCAAGUUCAUCGUAGAGCCCAGUCUGCGCCCCCUAAAAGUCCCAAACACAGUCGUACAUUGGACGUUAAGGUCCCAUCUCUGUCGAGGGUUAUUACCCAACCUCAAGAUGUGGACUGCAUCCCCCACCGUCGUCGUGUACAUCCCUGGCAAUCGCAAGUCCAGACUUCAUCCUCAUUCUCCAUUGGUGACUCUGACAGCCUAGAUGAGCUGCGCUCAUCUGGCCCAACUCCUGUUCCUUCGCUGAUACCGACUCCAAUUCCAACUUCCCGUCCUGCCGGAGAUGACCUCAUGUCAGAGGUAGGCUCCAAUGAUGAUCAUAGUAUAUUUAGCAUGGACCUGGAGACAGGGCCCUUUCAUGGUGCUGCAGCUAAGAAGGAAGGGCUUCCAGGUGGGGGCUGCAGCUCUGGUGCCCCAUCAGAGUGCUCCUUUGAGAGUGAUGCCCCUGCAGGGAUGAUGAAUGGCAAACGCAAUAGUCUUAUCGAGAUCUCGCUGUCUGCUGUGCGAGGUGAUGGGGAGGAGGAUGACCAAGUACCUGACGCCUUUUCUGACACAGUGAGCGACCAAACAGAUGUGGAGAUGAAAGGAGUUGGUUUCUUUUUCAAGGAUGACAAGGAGCGACCAGAAGAUGAGAUGGCCCAGCGAAGAGCAGCUUUGUUGGAGAAACAGCAGAAGAGAACAGAAGAAAUGAAAAGACGUAAACUUGAGCAGGAAGAAAGAGAAUCAAAGAAGCCUCAGUGGAUGAUCAUCGAGGGCUGGGGGAAUAAGACUGAGGACAGACCCCAGACCCCAGGGACCCCUCCAGCGUCAUGCACCCCAUCAGCAGAGGGCACUCCCCAGCGGAGGGGAGAAUUCACUAAGCAGGAAUAUGAACGGAGACACCAGCUGAAGAUCAUGGAAGACUUGGACAAGGUGCUGAAGCAGAAACCCACCACGGUUCGCGGUGUCAAGAAGCAGCGACCUAAGACCGUGUUCAGAGAUGACUCUGUACUCUCUCAUAGCCCUGUUAAGGGUUUCAUGGGCACCAAGCUGAAUAAAGUGUACUCCCACUCAAGCGUGAACCUGUCCUCCAUGGCUAGUGACUCUGGAGGCCUGACUGUAAGGAAGUCUCCCAGCCGUUCACACUCUCCUUCUCGGAUGAUGUCACCAGGACGAAGGAAUGCUCAAAAUGGAGAGAAGGACUGGGAGAGUGGCUCCACCAUUUCUUCUUCUGCCUCAAUCCCAGAAUACACAGGACCAAAGCUGUACAAGGAGCCUAGCUUUAAGUCCAACAAGUUCAUCAUCCAUAAUGCCAUCACUCGCUGCUGCCUUGCUGGCAAGGUCAAUGAACCACAGAAAAACAAAAUUGUAGAGGAAAUGGAGAAGAGCAUGGCCAAUCACUUCCUCAUCCUCUUCAGAGAUGCCAGCUGCCAAUUCAGAGCAGUUUACACCAUGAACCCUGAAACAGAAGAGAUGGUACGGCUCACUGGCAUUGGCCCCCGUAUCAUCACACUUGAGAUGGUAGAGUCCAUUUACAAGUACAGCUCUGACCGAAAGCAGUUCACGGUCAUCCCAUCCAAAACCAUGUCAAUGAGUGUUGAUGCCUUCACCAUCCCCGGUCACUUUUGGCAGAAGCGCCCAGGAACACCCAAAAAGCUUGGCACCCCCAAAUAAAGACAUUCAGGGAUCCAACUCCCAGCUUGACUUGUGUGGUGAUGUAUUUUGGCAAGUGAAGCACUUGUUCUUUACACAGACUAGCAGUGGACAGCAUGAUGGCGCCUGGACCCAAAGUGAACCCCAACCCAGUGAACUCUACAUACCAAGAGAAAGGGCAUGUCACUCACUCAUUCAGCCAGUGUAGUUAGAACUGUUUUUUCUUUUUGAGACUGUAUGAUUGGCUUUACCUGGUCUACCUAAAAUGUAUAAUGUAUUGCAUCUAGUUCUGUCAGGAUGGAUUUUCUCUCCCUUGCACCCUGCCUACCCAUGCCUUGCCUUACCCUGCCUAUGGAGUAAAUUUUGCGACUUGUACGUAAGAAAAAGAGAGGACAACCACACUGCCUUCGCCUGUACAACAGUAUUUUGGGCCGGAGUAGUUCCUACCCCUCUCAGUUCUGCUUGCUUUUCCUUUGGCAGCUGUUCUUCUUCUUCCAGGGCUCACGCUUUCUCCAGUUUAUUGGAACAACUGCCUCAUCUCUCAGCUGAAGAGUAAUAGCAGAUUGCACUGCUCUCAUGAAUGUAGGGCACACACUAACCACUCAUUGCAUUCAGGGUGUUUUUACUGGUUGAUCAGGAUCAGAAAAUGCCAUAGUGGAUGGUUUGUCUGUGGGCUGCACUGGUGGACACCUAGAAACUGCCUGUGCCUCCAUAGUCUGUACUCCACUGCACGCCAAUUCUCCUGCAGCUGUAGACGUUUGGAUGUUUUUUUAUACUAUUUGGACAUGUUUUUGCUGGACAAAUCGCUUCAGCCUCUGAACGUAACGUGGAACGAAGAGUGAAACUCGGUUAGCUCUUUUCUCUUAACUGGCUUUGUCAUUUCCAACGUGAUGAAUUGAAAUGUUAGCUGAGUUUGUCUUGAAAAGCUAUUGGAAAUGUGAAGGAGGGCUUUAUCAUGUUUGUCAUUACUUGGAUACAACUCAGUGUGAAAGUGAUAAUGUCGAUUUAAUAUAUGCUGAAUGCUUAUUACUUAGAUUUUUUUGACAAUGAUUUGUAAAAAAAAAAAAAAAAAUGUAAGUUGACCUUUGUAAGCUAUGAAUAAGCUAGCCUGCUGCUUAAGCAUUGAUGAGAGGUAUGUUUGAGAUAAGAAUGAGUGAAUGAGAAUCAAUAGAAGUUGUUGCUGAAACCUUUUGUCUAGGGAAUAAUAAAUUCUUUAGGUCACUAGGAGUCUGUUUUCUCUUCUGAUUCCCUGUUUGUGUGUCCCAGCAUAUGAACAGUAGGUUUGAUAAAGGAUAAUUCCGGACUGUAACAGCCCUCAUCUUCCCCACACAGUCUUUAGAGACUCCUUCAUGUAUAAAUGGGGUAAUGUAAAAUGCUAAACUUUUCUUUUUUUUUGGCCAGUAUGUCCAUUCCAUAAACAAUCCCGCAAUUGCUUAUGAUGAGGUCCGUAUCACCACAGGAUAAGUUUAACAUGGGCCUUCUUCACGUUCUUCUCAGUCCUAAAACAGCCGCCAUGCUGCAACUGCCUUCUUUAAAAUCAGUGAUCACCUCCAACAGAUGCAUUAUUUGAGUGAUUCCACUACAGAUGUAAAAAAUAAAAAUAAAAAAAAUAAUGGAAAAAUGGUGACGGUUGAUUAAAAGUAACCGUGUGUGUGUAUGUAGAUGUCUGUAUUUAUGUGUUUGUAAAGAGUAGUAUGUUAUAGUUUAACACUAUAUUUUGAUUCUGUGCAAUUCUCCCUAGAAAUCCCCACAUUACCAAGAGGUAUAUUUAUUUGGUUUGCGUUAGGUGGUGAAUUUAUUUAGCUAUAGUUUCUAUCUGUGUUUUUUGGUUAAGGUGGUAAUUCACUCAUUCAUUUCAUAAAAACUGCCAUUUAUGUUUUCUUUCUUUUCUGUUAUCAAAUCUGUGCCAGCACAUUAUGUAUGUUUUUUUUUAAAUUGACUAUCCUUGGCAACUGGACCAGAUAAAUAAAAAUUCAUUUUAAAUCAUUGUUUUUCAUUCCCAUGU